UCAAUACAGCGUAGCGGUGAAACAUAGUUUCUCUCACCUCUGACCAAUUCAUUUUGGAUAUUCACGUGAGAUCUCCGAACCGCAAAGCUGACUGGUCGAUUUUGUUAUCAUCAAUAACGAUUUUGACCUCUUAUGUUCUUUUAUUCAGUUUUGAUGUCCUUUUUCAUAACAAAAAAAUUUAGAUUCGAUUUUUGUUCACAGGUUCUCAUUAUCAACAACUAAAUAUGUGAAUUUCAAUGAGUGAUAUGAAGCUUGAGAAAGUGGAUAUAUCAUCAGAUGGCACAAACGAUAUUUCCCAAGCAGAUAACUAACUCAAUCAGAAAACACAAAAGUAUCGAUUGUCUAACAGACUCUUUCGCGUAGAAAAGCAAAAUGCGUAUAGGACGAGUUACAGAUGGCGACGGCAGGGAGAGGGCCUUCUUUCCAACGGUGAAGUACCAAUCCCAAGAUACCACAUAAUGCCAAGGUCGUGAGAGUGCGAAAACGUUGUUGCUCCGGAACCGACGCGCGAAUCGUAAGAAAGUGCGCGAGUAUGAGUGCGUCUUGUAACGAGAUUGUCUGUAACUGUACGUCAGUUCGAUCCAGGUGCAGCUCGCGGCAAGAUGAGUGACGAAAUAAGACGUAUAGUUGACCAUGCUUCGGAAGCCAUGGCGCCUGCGAUCUCACAGAACAAAUACGAGAGUAACGACGAUUACGUCAUAAACGAGUACAUGGAACGUCUAGGUACUCGUCUGAACAUUCUAGAGACGGAACUGAAGUACGCGUGGCGCGCUCUUGACCUCCUAUCCCAGGAAUACAUCAAGAUGUGGGAGCGGUUAGAGAAGCUCGAGAGUCUUCUGUACGAACAGCAGAGCGUCAUCUCCCAACUACUCGACCACUACACCUCUGGAGGUGGAAGUCACAUGGGUCCGAUGGCCAGUGGUGCAGUCGCUUUGUUAGAAGGACGCUUAAGCGAAUUGGAAGUCAUCCGCGAAAUCCUUGGAAAUGGUACCGUUGAAGACGGGUUGGAGGAAGGUCUUGAUGUCACCGGUGCAACCUCCCAUCCUCAAACGGCCUCGAUCCAAGAACUCGACGAAUCAGACGCGGAUGAGUUCAACAUCCCCGACGAGGCGUUUUACAGGAGCCUAAACCAAGCUUACAGGGAAGAUUUAGUCGGCUGUGAUCCUACCGUGCAGAAUAGUCAGUUAGGUCUUAUAUGGGAGGAGAAAGAAGAUGGAGACGAGAUCGGCGACAAAGCAGAUUCGUCCCAGGACCCGAACAGCUGUGAAGAAGUUUACAGUUCAAUGGAUUAUAGGGAAUACAAGGGUGACUCACCCUGUGUAAGCGAACAGGAUUUAGCUCAACUAACUAGAAUAGAUUCUUUAGAUCACGUUGCUAUCGAAAAACUCAACGAACUAGAUAGACUGAGUAACAAAUUACAACAAGAUUCGGCUAAUAUCAGACAACUCCAGAGGAAGUUACUAGAAUCACCUCUGUCAGUGGCUGGCCUACCGAAAGAUAUUUCCGACUCAAAAGAAAAGGCUGAACUUCUUGAAGAUAAAAUUCGACAAAUGUUUGCUACUGAAAAUUGGACAUUUUCAAACGAGGCGAAAAAUCACGGCGAUCUGAUUUCGGUCGCUAAAUGUGAACUACCUAAUUCAAUCCCCAAUGCUGCCUACAAUACAAGACCUAGUUCAAGACCCAGCUCGAGAUUGUCAGUUUCUGAUAGCGUCAUAGGUACCGAUACCGAAGUAGCUGAGGUUUUCUCGAGUAAUAUCAGAACGCCUACAUCACCAAGAAGAAGAACCCUAGAUAUAAAUACGUGUACUACACCUUUCACCACUGUGACCGGUAGGCUGGCCUAUAGUAAUGCUGUGCAACAAGCCGAGAAUGCUGAGGCUGCAGCAGCCAUACAAAACUCGAAAAAUCCUUUUUACUGCAGUGCAUCUGAACUGAAUUCGAUGAUAGCUGCUACAUACGAGGCUGGAACCAACCAAUCUCCUACAGUUUAUAACAUCAGGCCGGAAAAGGCAAACUCACCGACACUUUCCAUAUGUAGUAUACGAACUAGACAAGAUGGCUAUAUAGGUUCAUCAGAUAAAAAAGAUGAAUCAACUCGCCCUCCUUCAAGGGCUAGUCCGGCUCCCAAUUCGGUAUCAAGGGAAGUCGGUUCAUCGUUCAGUCCAAAAUAUGGUACCAAUGAGUCGCAGUCAGCGUCCAGUCAAGUCUUCCUUGGAACUCAUAACAUGGUUCAGCCUUUGUCAAUUAAUAGUAAAGAUCGUGGUCACUUGAGUCCGAAAGCUCCAAACUCACCUAGAUCUCCGAAAACUUCUCCGAAAAAACACAAAUCCAACUCUGCUAAUAUUGUUGCAGCGAAAUCAGACUCCGGUCUGUCUUCGAUGAGUGGUUGGUCGAGCCUUGAAAAAUCACCAGGAUCCCCGAAAAAUGGUUCCUUGAGAUCCUACAUGAAUUACGGAGACAGUAGGCAUUCUAGUUUCGAUAUGCAGUAUAGAAACGUAUCACCUGCGCCUUCAAUGAGAGGACAAUAUAUGGAAUCAAAUACUGAUUCCGUGAUAUCAUCAGAUCAAUACUCAAAUUGUACAGUUUUACCUGGUGGUCAUCAUUUAUCAGCCUUUACCUCUGUUAAGUCUCCUUGCAGUCUGGAGACUUCUGAAGGUUAUGGAACAUUUGUUCCUGCUCCCGCUCCAGCCUCCGACAUCAAUGUCAGUCCGAGGAAAAAAUCGAAACACCAACAAGCGACAAAAGCUAAUUCCUUCGGUGAAUAUAUGUACAGAAAUGAUCAACCUGCAAUCUACUCCGUAGCAGGUAAUCAUUCCCAAACGUACACUUCUGUAUAUACGAGUAAUAGCGCUGAUUAUUUGAAUCAGACUCUUAACUAUCCUGACCUAAUUGAGCCUUAUGAAAACAACGAAUACCAAAACGCCCAAAGUUUACAAGUAUAUAAUUCCUUAACGAAUGUCCAGUACCCAGAUAUAAGCGGAGAAUAUUCUGAAAGUCCCAUGAAGAUGAUGAGAGCGCAAUCAGAUCCUUAUGAUUCCGAAAGACUUCACAAUCAUGAAAGUUACAAGCCAGGUAUAUAUCCAUCUGCCUUGCCAACUGGUGACAUAACUUAUCACACAACUCCAGUGCGUUAUAAUGCUGAUUCACAUGAAGCCAGAAAAAUGGAUUAUACAGAGACAACCUGGUCUCAUAAUCAGGAAAACCUAGAAUAUAGAGAUGGACAAUUCAACUAUCAAACACAAAAUAUGAGAGAUUAUAAUGACAGCCCUUACAGAGACAAUAAAAAUCAGAAAGAUUCUCGAUAUCAGGAACAGCCUAUAUACGAGAAUCAGUCACAAAUUGACCAGUACAAUAAACAGUGGAACCAAAGACAAGAGAUUCCGUUUCUGGAGCUCGACUUGAGGAAUAGAAACGUGCCUGACUAUGUUCAGAAUAUUCAAAGCUCCGAAACUAACAACGUCAUUAUAACACAGUCGGGAUACAUUUCCAUAUCAUCUGGUAUGACGGAUUCUAAAUCAGAUAGAAAAAGAGUUAAACGUCAUAACACCCUCAAAUCGGCUAUGAAUUCGGUAACUCAUUGGUUGCCUGAUCUCCAUCUCCCCAAACGAAAUAGAUCGUACUCGUUACCACCUGGGGCUCAUCGUCAAGACUUGGAUAAAACACGUCGAACAUUUAAAUCGAACGAAAGCCCUAGAAAAAAGAAAAAAAAUGCCAUUGUUUCUACAGUUUCGGGAAUUUUUCAAAAAGCUAAGAAGAAGGCUUACAACCAACAUCGAACCCAGUCGUUAUCGGAUCCAGAACAAACUGAACACGAAUGGAUUAUGAAGAGAGCGAAUUCCUUGAUAACAGAUGUCGAUGGGGAGAGAAGUGAAGAUAGCAGUAGUGCUUUCUCGGAGAAUACUUAUGAUAGAGAAAGUGUAUUCCAGAAAAUGUCCACCAGCAGACAUAGUACUAGGAGAAGUAGUCCACACGAAUUACAAAAUCAAUUUCAGGUUCAAGCGGAGCAGAAGAUCAACGAUAAACCGAAUGAAAAAGAUACAAUAGACAGCGUUUCUGGUCAAAAAGAAUCAUCACCUCCUUACAAGGCAACAGAUGAUGACGCAGCAACUGAAAAUGGAGAUUCCUUAUUCCCGAAAAUAGGGGAUAACAAAAAAAGUUCCACUCCAUCUGAAAAGAGUGAUGAUGCAUCUGCCCCUGAAACAAAAAUUAAAAUUCCAGUGUGCAACCCCUCCAUGGAGUUCGCCGUUUCUAGAGCUCUCGGAAAGUACAGACAGAGACAAACUUCAACUACAUCUGAUGAUCAGUAUAGCAAUGGUGAAGUUUCAUUACCGGAGGAAGAUCAAAAUUCGAAUAAACCAAAAGUCAUUCAGAAAAACGAAAAUCUUAACAGCCAGAAGUCGUCAGACAGUCAAUCGAGUGAACCGAGUAAAUCGCAUGAAAUUGAAAAUCACGUUCCUGAAAGUAGUCCUUCCGCGGUCACGAUGAAAGCACAAUUCAACAGGUUUUUUCCGCGCCACCAGCAGAGCUUAGAGAUACCAGGAUAUCGCAUGAGUCACGAAGAAGACGAUAAUAGAAGUACCCACUCCUGGAGAAGUACUUCAAGAGUAUCUUCCAGAAGACAGAGUACUGAAGAUAGCAUAGAUAGCGAAGAUGAGUGGUACUGCUACGAGUUGAAGAAACUAGAAGAAAUGGAGAGACAGUCACAAUUAGAAGCUGAGAUGGGCCACGCUCUACAAGAAGAACCGGAAUUGGAAGAUGAACCCUACGAGCCUCUGGAGGAUGUUAAGGAAAAAAUGUCUUUUGUAUUACGAGAACUGAGAAUGAAAGCUAAAGUUGUUGAAAAUGUUUUGGAUGAAAAAGACAAUAAUUUACAUGUUGUCCAAUCUGCAAAAAGACGUGAAAGCUCGAGAAUGUCCAAUGAAUUCGAUUCUUCGGUAUUUGCCAGGGUCAAACCUCAAAGAAUGGGUACUCUGGAUUUCAAAGAUUCAUACGAAGAAACAGUUGAAACCACUACCACUGAAACAAAAGAAAAAGAAGAUGAAGAUGAAGAACAUUCAUCUGGCGAUACGUCUGGUCCUGAUAGUCCUCACCACAGUACUGAUGAGUAUGAAGAGAAUGAAGCAACCUUCAACCAAGCAUUUGCGCGUUGCUUAAGCAUUCGUGAGAAAGAACAGGAAGAAGAAGAAGAAGAAAGGCGGCAGGAAAUCGCACCUCCUCAUCCAGAAGAACCCACAACAGUACCCAAGAUACUAGUCGAGACAGUUCCACCGAAAACGGAGGGCGCAAAGGACUCUGGACCACUUGGUAGCAAAUGGAAACUACUGAAGGCGCUCAAGGAGAAGAAGGCCGAGGAAAAGGAGAAAAUCGUCGAGAAACCAACCGAAACCCCAACAGAAAAAGACAAAAAUGGAUCUGGCAUCGGUGGUGAUUCAACAGGCAGGACCAAUGGGCAUCCAGGGGACAAUCCGUUCUACAGCAAUAUCGACAGUAUGCCGGAUAUCAGGCCCAGGAGGAAGUCUAUUCCACUCGUAUCGGACUUGGUGCUCAAGACCAUGGCUGCCACUAAGAGAAAUGCCGGAUUGACUUCAGCCGUUCCUAGAGCUACCCUCAACGACGAGGAGUUGAAAAUGCACGUGUACAAGAAGACCCUUCAGGCCCUCAUCUACCCGAUCAGCAGCACAACACCGCACAGCUUUAUCCCUUGGACGGCAACCUCGCCCACCUACUGCUACGAGUGCGAGGGGUUGCUCUGGGGCAUCGCCAGACAGGGGGUGAAAUGCACUGAAUGCGGGGUCAAGUGCCACGAGAAGUGCAAGGAGCUGCUUAACGCCGAUUGCCUGCAAAGAGCCGCUGAGAAGAGCACCAAACAUGGCGCCGAAGAUAAGGCGAUCAGCAUCAUAACGGCCAUGAAAGACAGAAUGAAACAGAGAGAGCGUGACAAACCGGAGAUAUUCGAACUUAUCAGGGAGGUGUUCGGAGUGGAGGACAAGAGCCACGCGGGCCACAUGAAGGCUGUGAAACAGUCGGUCUUGGAUGGAACCUCCAAGUGGUCCGCUAAGAUAGUCAUCACAGUCAAGUCCGCACAAGGUCUAAUCGCCAAGGAUAAGAGCGGGACCUCGGAUCCCUAUGUCACAGUUCAGGUUGGAAAGGUGAAAAAACGCACAAGGACCAUGCCCCAGGAGCUGAAUCCCGUCUGGGACGAAAAGUUCUACUUCGAAUGCCAUAACUCAUCUGAUCGGAUAAAAGUGAGAGUUUGGGACGAGGAUAACGACCUCAAGAGCAAACUUCGCCAGAAACUCACAAGGGAAUCAGACGAUUUUCUGGGUCAAACAAUCAUAGAGGUACGCACAUUGUCCGGUGAGAUGGACGUCUGGUACAACCUGGAGAAGAGGACCGACAAGUCCGCCGUCUCCGGCGCCAUCAGGCUGCACAUCUCCGUGGAGAUCAAGGGCGAGGAGAAGGUGGCACCGUACCACGUGCAAUACACCUGUUUGCACGAGAAUCUGUUCCAUCACCUGUGCGAGAUGAACAGCGGGAUUGUGAGCCUGCCGCAGGCCAAGGGGGACGACGCCUGGAGGAUCUACUUCGACGAGGCUGCCGAGGAUAUCGUGGACGAGUUCGCGAUGCGCUACGGCAUCGAGGGGAUCUAUCAGGCUAUGACGCACUUUCAUUGUCUCUCCACCAAGUACCUUUGUCCAGGCGUGCCUGCAGUUAUGAGCAUGCUGCUAGCCAAUAUCAACGCCUACUAUGCUCACACCACAGGUCUUUCAGCAGUAUCAGCGAGUGAUCGUUUUGCUGCAUCCAAUUUUGGUAAAGAAAAAUUCGUCAAGCUUCUCGAUCAGCUUCACAAUUCCCUUAGGAUAGAUCUAUCAAUGUACAGAAACAACUUCCCAGCAUCCAGUUCCGACAAGCUCAUGGACCUGAAAUCAACAGUAGAUCUCCUGACUAGCAUAACCUUCUUCCGUAUGAAAGUGCAAGAACUAUCCUGUCCUCCUAGGGCCAGUACGGUCGUCAAGGAUUGCGUCAAGGCAUGCCUUAGAUCGACAUAUCAAUUCUUAUUCGAGAAUGCCCACGAACUGUUCAAUAGAGACUUCAUGGUGGAACCAAACGAGCCUAAGAAAGAGCCAGAAGAUCACGGACCACGACUGGAUACCGUGAAGUUCUGGCACAAACUCAUAGCUCUGAUUGUUUCGGUGAUAGAAGAAGAUAGAAAUAGUUACGGACCAGUUCUGAACCAGUUCCCCCAAGAGCUCAACAUUGGGCAGCUUUCUGCUUCUACAAUGUGGUCCCUGUUUGCGGUAGAUAUGAAAUACGCCUUAGAAGAGCAUGAGCAGCAUCGCUUGUGCAAAUCUUCAGACUACAUGAAUCUACAUUUCAAGGUCAAGUGGUUGUACUCGAACUACGUCAAGGACGUACCACCGUACAAAGGAGCUGUACCUGAGUACCCGGCGUGGUUCGAGCCUUUCGUUAUGCAGUGGUUGAACGAGAAUGAUGACGUGUCUUUGGAGUAUUUACACGGUGCCUUCGAUAGAGAUAAGAUAGAGGGCUUUCAAAAAAGCAGCGAACAUUCCUUAUUUUCUAAUUCUGUAGUGGAUGUAUUCACCCAACUCACGCAAUGUUUCGACGUUGUGUCGAAACUUGAAUGUCCCGAUCCUGAAAUCAUGAAGAGAUACAUGAAACGUUUUGCCAAAACAAUCGUCAAGGUGUUAAUAGCCUACGCUGAUAUAGUGAAGAGAGAGUUUGCGGAUCAUCUGAAAGAAGAGAGAAUAGCAUGUACACUGAUGAAUAACAUCCAACAGUUGAGGGUUCAACUUGAGAGGAUGUUCGAGUCGAUGGGUGGAGAAAGGUUAGAAGAAGAUGCUGCAAACAUUCUGAAAGAGCUUCAGCAGACACUCAAUGGGUGUCUAGAUGAGUUGGCCUCUCAAUUUGCAUCAAGUUUGGAACCUAGGAUAACUGCCAGCGUUCGGGAACUAGGCGAUCUCCUCCUAUCCAUCAAAGGCGGAAGUCAACAGUCCAACGUAAACCAACAGAACGCUGUGGCCAACGAAGCUGAUUCGGUGCUCACGCCACUCAUGGAUCUGCUCGAUGGUUCUCUCUCCUUAUAUGCUCAAUCAUGCGAAAAGACUGUACUCAAAAGACUGCUGAAGGAGCUGUGGAAAAUCGUCAUGAGGAUAUUGGAGAAAACUGUUGUUCUUCCUCCGAUGACUGACAAAACGAUGAUGUUCAAGAGCAUCACCGACAAUGCCAAAACCUUGGCGGCGAAUACUAAAAUCGAAGACAUGUCCAGAAUCUUCAAGAAUAAGAUGACCGGCAAGCAAGACAUGAAACAAGCGCUCAGCGGCGUGAUGGACAUCUCUAAAGAAGUAGAAAAGAACUUAUCGCCGAGACAAUGUGCAGUAUUGGAAGUCGCUCUGGACACCAUCAAGCAGUACUUCCACGCUGGAGGUAACGGUCUGAAAAAAGCUUUUCUGGAUAAGAGCGCAGAGCUCCAGAGCUUGAGAUACGCACUGUCUUUGUAUACGCAGACGACGGACACGUUGAUCAAGACCUUCGUACAAACUCAAUGCAAUGAAGAUUUGGCUGCUGAGGGACAAGAAGGUUGUGUAGGAGAACUUUCAAUUCAAGUAGAAAUAUUCACUCAUCCAGGUACUGCAGAGAAUAAGGUCACCGUUAAAGUUGUCGCUUGCAAUGACCUCAAAUGGAUAGCUACUUCCGGAAUGUUCAAGCCAUUCGUUGAAGUAAACCUUAUAGGACCACAUCUAGCUGACAAAAAGCGAAAACAUGCAACCAAGACGAAAAAUAAUAACUGGUCACCUAGAUACAAUGAAACUUUCCAUUUUAUGAUUGGCAAUGAAGAAACAUUGGACUACUAUGAACUGCACAUAUGUGUCAAAGAUUAUUAUUUAUUAAGGGAAGAUAGAUUAGUUGGAGUAGCAGUCAUGCAAUUGAAGGAUAUCGUCGACAAGGGAACCCGCGCGUGCUGGCUAAUGCUAGGCAAACGCAUACAAAUGGAUGAGACGGGAUGGACCAUCCUCAGGAUUCUAUCUCAGCGCACAAACGACGAAGUUGCAAAAGAAUUCGUCAAACUCAAGUCUGAUAUAAGGCAGGAAAAUCCGCUUCCAAACCAGUAAAAUCCCGAUUCCAAGCUCCUUAAAUUAAGUGACAAGUAACAACUGUGUUCAUGGCUGUAAGAAACAGUGCAACAAAAAAAAAAAUUGAUCGGACCGUCCUUAGAUUUGACUCGAUAUAACGUUCAUUAAACGACAUGGAACUGUUCGAUAUCACCGUGAUUUAAAUAAUAUUUAAUGUGCCUCCUCAAAUGAGUAUGAACAAUAAUCUAUUGAAAUGUUUAUAAUCAUUAACCUUAUUGAUGAUGUUCUCUCUUAACACAAUAUUCUUGUUGUAUAAAUCUCGCAAUAACAGAAUCAAGGAAGUUUGAUCGAAUA